UGCUCAAGAGCUUGGGACCUUGCGCGGGCCACGGACCACCGCAUCGCUGCUGACAAGGCGAAGGAUGGUGUUGAAGACGAAGCUUACCGAGGCUCUUGGCAUCAAGCAUCCCAUCAUCCAGGGCGGGAUGCAUUAUGUGGGCUACGCCGAGAUGGCGGCUGCGGUGUCCAACGCCGGCGGUUUGGGGAUCAUCACGGCGCUGACCGUAGCGCAGCCCCCCCGGGGCAAGGAAGCCCUGCGCGACGAGAUCAGGAAGUGCCGACAACUGACCGACAAGCCGUUUGGUGUCAACAUCACGCUGCUGCCGGUGGGAGUGCCUCCCGACUUUGACGGCAUUGUCCAGGUGCUCAUUGAAGAGAAGGUCAAAGUGGUGGAGACCGCCGGGAGGAAUCCCGACAAAGUCAUCAAGAAGUGCAAGGAGGCCGGGAUGUUCGUGAUCCACAAGUGUGUGGCGGUGAGGCAUGCGAUUACCGCCCAGAGGAUGGGUGCGGACAUGAUCUCCAUGGAUGGCUUUGACUGCGGAGGUCAUCCAGGCGAGGAGGACGUGGGGAACUGGGUGCUUUUGGCCCAGGCCUCCCAGGAGUUGAAGAUCCCCUUCGUGGCCAGUGGAGGCACGGCCACAGGGGUGCAGCUGGCGGCAGCACUGGCCAUGGGGGGCACUGUGAUUUGCUAG